AUGUACGGCCAAAAACCAAUGUUCAUACGGCCAGGCGAUGACACAUUAUAUCCAGUCAGAAAUAAAGAUGGUGCUGUGGAAACUUUGUUAAACCCUAAUGUAGACUCUGCUUUAUCAUUGGAUAGUGACUCUAAAAGUAAUUUUGUCUACAACAGAUAUCAUCACUUGCCUCUAGAGGCUCAGAGGCAAAAAUUACCAGUGUUUCAGUAUAGAAAUCAUAUACUAUACUUAUUAGAAAAGUACCAAACUUUAGUAUUAGUAGGUGAGACAGGAUGCGGAAAGUCCACACAAGUUCCACAAGCUAGUAAGAUACUUACGCUUCCACUGAUCGCAGUGGUUUACUGCGUACACAUGGACACCUUCCUAUUUUUGAGGAUACAGAAUUAUAAAUUGGAUAUAUUUGAUGCACCAACUGACAACACGAUGCAAGAGGCCUCGACGCGUAUUUAUGAUAAGCCGCAACAGAAUUACGAACAUGUAACAUGGAUUCCUUGUAACAUAAAUCCAUUAUGUCAUCCCACGGUCAAGGCUUUGAUGGUUGACCAUAUAAAUCAUUACAUAUACGGUCCGUUAUGCGCUAUACUAGACCUAGGUCUAGGUAUUUCAGAACGUAUGUUAUUUAUAACGCCAAAUAUGAUUUCAUUGUUCCAUGUACUAAUAGCCUGUAUUGGCGCUAAGUUGUUGACUUGUCAGAACCUCGCGGCGAGACGCUCUGCGAUUGUGCUGUUUCAAAUAAGAAUGUUUUUGGACGAUUUGGACGGCCAUGUAGCGAGGGAGAGGAAACAUAUCAAGGGCGAGAGGUCGGAGGUUGGCACAUUAGGUUAUUGGGUCGACGGUAUUUGUGAUUUAAUAGGCGUUAUUGCCAUGAUGUUGGGGAUAUUGGUGUAUUUGAAAAAUAACCCACCGAGGCGCGGUUACAAAGGCACCCCGGCUAGUACAUUACCAUAUCAUCCGCUGAAAGAGAUAAACUCGCGUGAGGAUAUAGAAAAGGAUUAUACUGCGGAGAUAGGGAUUUCUUACAAAACUAAAGUAAUUUUCCAGCGGGUCGUGCAAGUCGUGGGUCUCUUCUCCGGCCAAAUGUUGCUCUCUUCUCUCGCAUGGAACCGAUAUAUAGAUGUUUAUCAGGACAUGCUCGAGAACUGUGAUGAAUAUGAUAUCCUUAAACGGGAAACCAUGUUCAAAUCCGGUGUGUUCUUCUUCGCGACGGGUCUUUGGAGGAUAGUGAAUCCUCACGGCUACCUCCAUCUCCUCUCGUUGGCUGUGUUCUGUGAUAAGACGUGGGGCUUCCUCAGCGCUGUGCAUUACAGCGGAUAUAUUUGUUUGGUUGUCGCUGUGGCCAUGUCCGAAUAUUUGGUGCAGAACAUCAGGUCGACGUAUAAAAGAAAAACUGAGCGUGGAAAAAUAUCUAAAGAGGUUUACGAAAAAGCAGCAGCUAUUUUGGAAGAGGACAAAACUAAAAAAAUUCGUGGUAUCGCAAAAGAUCUUGGUUUAUGUCAUAUGUCGCUAACAAGAUAUUUGAAGAAACGAAAAGAAGCAAAAGAGAAGGGCACACCUAUAGAAUCUCUCACAGUUGGCUACCAGAAGAAUAGAGAAGUUUUCAACGAUGAACAAGAGCGCAUUUUGGAAGAUAAUUUCUUGUCUGCUUUUGUUACUGACAGACCAAUAGACGAAACUGCUAACUCAAAUCUUGAAAACACGCCUGUUAUAACAGAGAUUACUCCAAUUAAUUUCCCUGGGACUCUAUCUCCAACUCCUCCACAUUCCUCCAAAGAUAAUACUAUACCUCCUAUACCUGGAUUUAUUGAAGAGGCCACUGAAGUAGUAGAUGCUGCAGAAGAAUGCGAAAGCUCCCUUUAUGGUUCAGUUGCUGGUUGUAGCAGAGAUCUGUUUCACAAUGAAUGUACGACUUUUUCUCCCGAUACCAUUCGGCCUUAUCCAAAAGCUACUGCAAGAACAAAUAAAGUAACACGAAAAACUCGCAAAUCAGCUAUUUUAACGGAUACGCCGGAAAAAAAUGUAUUGGCACAAGAACAGAGCAAGAAAAAGGAAAUUACAUCAAAAAAUAGAAAGGUAACUAAGAAAGGGAAGUCAACUGAGCCAGGAAAGAUGAAGAGAGAAAAAACGCCUAAGGAAACAAGGAAGAUUGCUGUGAAAAGGAAGGUCUUACAUGACUUUGAGUCUGACGAAGGAAGUGUAGAUGAUUAUUUUGCCUGA